GACAGGCGCAUCUCUAUUCCUGAUCUUUCUAAGUUUUUCUCUAUUUAAGACUACCUUCCAUGAGCCAAAGGUAAGAAAAAACUGAGAUAAUCUUUUACUAGGAUUGAAUUUUCUAGUGAUGGAAAGGAUGCCAGAGAGAGCAGUGGGCAAGAGCACGAGCUGCCGCGGAGUGGCCUUUGAGAGAACCAGCGGCGAACUUGGGCUGCUCCCAAAAGCACCACCAGCCCUGCCUCAGGACGGGCAAAGUGGGAGGUGGGUCUGGAUCCCAAGGAGCCAGAAAGUCUUCUUCCAAGAUUUUCUACUAGACAAUUUAGUUCUUGAAAGGACAGUGAGUCGAUCAAGCAGCCAUUUCUGUGAUUUGGAUUUCACUGAUGAAGGCGCAGUCAAGGACCACUUCCAAGAAUUGAUGGAGAAAGGAGAAAUAUGCCACGAUGAUCACUUAGAGAAUCAAAACAUAGCUGAUAUUGAAAAGCAGAUGGGUCAAGCACCUAAGCCAGCCGCAAAGCCAAGAAAACCAUCAAGAUUGUCUAUUAUACUUUUAGACCAAGGGUUGUUCACUGUCUACAAGCGCCUUUUUAUGGUAUGCUUGAUAUUGAAUAUAAUUGCAUUGGUUCUUGCAGCCAUGGGACAUUUCCCAUAUGCCAAGUACAAUGCAGCCCUCUUUGCCAUUGGAAAUAUUCUUGCUUUGAGCCUGUGUCGCAGUGAAGCCUUUUUAAGGGUUGUUUUCUUGCUGGUAGUCAAACUAUUUGGCAGGAAAUGGGUUCCUCUUCAUUUCAAAACUGCAGUCACUUCCUUCCUUCAGAGUCUUGGAGGAAUUCAUAGUAGCUGUGGUGUUUCUUCCAUAGCUUGGCUCGUGUAUGCACUUGUAUUGUCGAUUAAAGACAAGCAAAACACUCCUCCAGAGAUAAUAGCUGUUGCCUCCACUAUCCUUUCCUUGAUUUGCAUCUCUUCUUUAGCAGCAUUUCCUCUUGUCCGCCAUUUGCAUCACAACGUCUUUGAAAGAACUCAUCGUUUCACGGGAUGGACUGCUCUAGCACUCCUUUGGGUCUUUGUAGUUCUUACAAUCAGCUACAAUCCCAAUACCAAAACUUAUAACAACUUCUUUCGUUCAAAUUUUUAUAACAAACAAGAAUUCUGGUUUACAUUGUCGAUUACCAUAACAAUAAUUAUACCUUGGCUAACAGUGAGUAGGGUUCCUGUCAAGGUUUCCUCUACUUCAAACCAUGCUUCCAUUAUAAAAUUUGAAGGUGGUGUUAAAGCAGGUUUGUUAGGUAGAAUUAGCCCAUCUCCUCUUUCCGAAUGGCAUGCAUUUGGAAUUAUAUCAAGUGGAGAAAAAGACCAUAUGAUGCUAGCUGGUGCAGUUGGUGAUUUUACCAAGUCAUUAGUCUCAAAUCCUCCGACUUAUCUUUGGGUUCGGAAAUUACACUUUGCUGGCCUGCCUUAUCUCAUAAACUUGUACAAAAAAGUAAUGGUUGUUGCAACAGGGUCGGGCAUUUGUGUGUUCUUAUCAUUCCUGUUGCAGCCAUGUUCAGCUGAAGUUUGUCUAGUAUGGGUAGCCAAAGGGAUAGACGAGAAUUUUGGGAAGGAAAUUAUGGAUAUAGUAAGUGGGUAUCCAAAGGAUAAAGUGAUUAUGCAUGAUACAGCUAUAUUAGGCCGUCCAAAUGUAGCAAAAAUGAGCGUGGAAGCUGCUAAGAAUUGGGGAGCUGAGGUAGUCAUUGUCACCAGCAAUCCAGAAGGAAGUCGAGAUGUUGUUAAUGCAUGUAAGGCUUCUGGAAUUCCAGCUUUUGGCCCUAUAUGGGAUUCCUAGAGGUCUCAACAGUAUCAUAUUUAUAGUGAGCAAAGUAGCUUAAGAGUUUCUCACCAUUACCAAAAUAAGCUAUCAGCAUAGUCUCUUGUUCCGUUUCUUUGUUUACAAUUGCUCUGACUUGCUCUGUAAUCUGAGAUAGCUGGAGUUUUUCACAUGAAUUGUGUUGCUUAAGAUUCAAUA